GGACGGGGCGGCCCCAGCUCCGGCUUCAGCUCCGGUACCGGUCCGGGUCGGCGGGCAGGGAGCGAUGGAAAACACGGUCAAAAGAGCAGCCGUGGGAGCCGCUGUGGGAGUAGGAGUGGCACUCGUUGGCAUCCCGGCGGGCAUCUGGGCGCUGGGGUUUACGGGAACUGGCAUCGCCGCUGGGUCCAUGGCUGCCAAGAUGAUGUCAGCGGCUGCCAUUGCCAACAACGGAGGAGUGGCUGCCGGCAGCAUGGUGUCGGUGCUGCAGUCCGUCGGGGCUGCAGGUUUCUCUCUUGGUUCCAAAAUUGGGCUGACGACCACCCUGGGGCCGCUCGGUGCUGCAGCUGGUGCCAAGCUGUUCAAGGGGAAGACAACUCCAGGUGACAAACGCAAGUGAAGCCAAGAAGGUGCCUGAGCCCGAGGUUUCUGCCAGGCAGCGUGGCAGGCGCUGGGAAGCCCCUGCAGACCCCCCAGCUACUCGGCCGCCCUUUUAAGAUCUGUGGAUCGACUUGAGCAAUGAGUGCAUUGAAACCAAUAAAGGUGGUUUGCAGGUG